AUGGGUAGGGAGGACAAGGCUUCGUGGAAGUCCAAUUAUUUCACCAAAAUUAUUCAACUUUUGGAUGAGUAUCCCAAAUGUUUCAUCGUGGGCGCAGACAAUGUCGGUUCAACACAAAUGCAACAGAUCCGCAUCUCAUUGCGUGGGCACAGCAUUGUACUCAUGGGUAAAAACACCAUGAUGCGUAAAGCUAUCAAAGAUCACUUGGAAGCAAAUCCUGCACUUGAACAACUUUUACCCCACAUCAAGGGAAACGUUGGGUUUGUGUUCACUCGUGGAGAUCUUGUAGAGGUGCGUGACAAGCUGUUAGAGAACAAGGUUCGUGCCCCAGCAAGGCCUGGUGCAAUUGCUCCACUAGAGGUUAUCAUCCCAGCCCAUAACACUGGUUUGGGUCCCGAAAAGACUGCCUUCUUCCAGGCCCUCUCUAUCCCUACCAAGAUUUCCAAGGGUACCAUUGAAAUUAUCAAUGAUGUCCAUAUUUUAAAGCCGGGUGACAAGGUCGGUGCUUCUGAAGCUACUCUUCUUAACAUGUUGAACAUCUCUCCAUUUUCUUAUGGUCUUGUGGUUAAACAGGUCUAUGACUCUGGGACCAUCUUUGCUCCGUCUAUUCUGGACAUUAAGCCGGAGGAUCUCCGAGCCAAAUUCAUGGAAGGAGUCGCAAAUGUAGCUGCUGUUUCUUUAUCCAUUGGCUACCCGACUGUGGCAUCUGCACCACACUCUAUUGCUAAUGGAUUCAAGAACCUGCUUGCUAUUGCUGCAGUUACAGAUGUCGAGUUUAAAGAAGCCACAACUAUUAAAGAAUAUAUCAAGGACCCAAGUAAGUUCGCAGCUGCGGCCGUGGCGGCUGCCCCCGCCUCCGCUGCAGCUCCGGCUGACAAGAAAGAAGAAGCCAAGAAACCAGAAAAGGAGGAGUCUGAAAGUGACGACGACAUGGGCUUCGGUCUCUUUGACUAA